CUUGGCUCAGCGUGCUAGGAAAUGACCUAAGAGGAAACUCUCCGGAUUUGCCAGCAAUGGAAAGAAUCCGUCUUCCAGGAGUGUCCGCCUGAUAUCAAAAGCUGGUGAAAAGUAAGAGAACUGCAGCUAGGACUUUCUGCCUGCUCUGGCCAGCUGGACGCUUUUUGCUGGUGGCGGGGCGAAUACACGAAGGAUGCCCAUCCUACAUUUACACUCCAUGCUUGAGUGCUUGCCUUUCAUGCUGCUGCUGGUGCUCUUCUUGGCUGUGGGCUUUUUUGUGAUCUACCUCCAACGACCCGAACCAGAGACCAAAACUAAGUAGGGAGGGGCUGGCUGGCUGGCUUGGGGGCUGCUAUUUUCUUUCUCCCAAGUAAAGAUGCAGCUUAAACUCCACUCCUGAAAGAGGAGGCAUAAAACCCAAAGCAGUUACCACUAACUCAGCUGCUUCCCUGACCUAACACCACUGAAGGAGGGAGAGAGAUGGGAGACACAGGCAAAGAAGAGUAUAAAAUACACUCGUUUGAUACCAAGAUUCAGCAGCUACUCAAAACAGCCCUCAAAGACCCCAGCAGUGUAGAUCUGGAGAAAGUGGCCAAUGUAAUUGUGGACCAAUCCCUCAAAGACUCUGUAUUCAGCAAAGAAGCCGGGCGCAUAUGCUACACCAUCAUCCAGGCGGAGAGCAAACAGGUGGGCCAGAGUGUCUUUCGGCGGGGCCUCCUCAACAGACUUCAGCAGGAGUAUAAGAACCGGGAUGAACUGCGAGCCCGUUCCCUCCAGGCCUGGAUCUGCUAUGUCACUUUUAUCUGUAACGUCUUUGACUACCUGAGGGUCAACAACAUGCCUAUGAUGGCAUUGGUGAACCCAGUUUACGAUUGCCUACUCCAACUGGCACAGCCAGAUAGCCUGCAGAAAGAGGAAGAGGUUGACUGUCUUGUGCUGCAGCUGCACCGCAUUGGUGAACAGCUUGAGAAGAUGAACACCCAAAGGAUGGAUGAGCUCUUUUCCCUCCUGCGAGAUGGUUUCCUGCUGCAGGAGGGUCUUACCUCCCUUUCCCAGCUGCUCCUGCUUGAGAUCAUUGAGUUUCGGGCCGCCGACUGGAAAAUGACACAUGCAGCCCAGAAGUACUAUUACAGUGAGGUUGCAGAUUGAGCAGUUGGUUGCUUGCACCGGCUCAUGCUGCCCAGAGGCAGAGUUUGUAUUUCUGCUCUGACUCGCUGCACCAGCAAACUUCACAUAACAAAAAGCUACAAUUAUUUUUAAUGCCUCCCCCCACCAGCACUUUUUGUACAUAGAACAUAUAACUUGCUCCCUUGAUAGUUCUCAUGCGGUAUUUAAAAUUGGGGAGCUGGGAGGGGUACAAAAAAUGGUCGCAUUUUGCCACUGCUGCUCCCAUUGUAUUGCACUAAAUAGGGAACUGUAUUAAUCACUGUUGCAAACUGGACUGGCAUUUGACACAGGGUUGUUCUCUCUUAGGGCUUUCUUUUAUAUGCUCCAUUUUAAUGUAUGCAACCUAAAAACAAAAAGGCAAUGGUUUAAAACCAGCCUGAUGAUAAUCUUGUUUACUCUAAAAGCACAAGCACUAAGAAUCUGUCUUUCUCUCCAGCUUGCAUGUGGCAGUUUGUUAUUUUACGAUCUCUUCCUUAGCUGAUCUCAGUUUGCCCUUUGGUUGAGGGAAGGCGAUUCUGUAAUCAAAGCACAAUUUCCAUUUCAAUUUGCUGCCUUGUAACCCCCUUAUAAUGCUUUCAGCAGUCCCAUUUGCUCUACUGGCCGUCACUAUGACACAAGUUGUGUCAGAACAACUUUACCACUGUUCUGAAAUCAAAGAAAAAUGCUUCAUUCAUGUGCUUGUUUUCUUUCCAGUAACAACCAACAACAGAGAAUUCCACAUUUUUGCCAUACUCACUACUUCUGUGUUGUUGUUUUUAAAAAGCCAGAGUGGAAAUACUUUUGUAACAGAUUAUUAGAUUAAAAAUAAUAUGCAUUGUUUCCACAAAUGGCUUAACUGGAAAGGCAAGGAGUGCCGCCCCUGUGCUUUGCCACAGGAAAAUAAGACACCUGAAAGCGGAAGUAAGCGUAGGGCACGUAUUUCACUAAUAGCUGGUUCAGGACUGAACUACUUUAGAAUGUUCCCCGAUGCAAUUAAACACCCUCCCCAAACACAGAAAAGUAGCAUGGCAGGGCAAGGCAGCUCUUCAAUUUGCCAUGCUAACAUUGCAUAAGCAAGGCAUUUUUGAUGGACAGCAUUCAGUUGUCUCACCCAACUAACAGAAGUGGGACAGUCCUAGGAGAGCCUCUUAUGUUGCUUGCUUGUCACUUAACUUGGAAGUAAAUGCUAUCAAAAUGAAGGGGCCUUAUUUCCAAUAAAAUUUCCAAGGAUUGAGAGAGGGGCAGCCUCUUUCUGCUUCUUGCAGAAUAACAGCCCUGUUUAAUUUGCUUACAUUUUUAGAUUCUUAAGGAGCUACAUAAUACUAGUACCCAGGGUCAGUCAAUGAAGCUAAGUAGUGGGCAAUUCAGGACAGACUUCUUUACACAGUGCAUAAAUUAUGGAAUUCCAGCCAAAAGAUGUGCCAACAUGGAUGGCUUUGUGAGGGGGUUAAACAAAUUAAUGGAGGAUAAGGUUACCAAUGGUUACUAGUCAUGAUGGCUAUUUACUGCCUCUGAAUACCAAUUGCAGGGGAACACAAGUAGGGAGAGUGUUGUUGCACUCGUGUUUUUCUUGUGGGUUGCCCAUAGGCAUCUGGUUGGCUACUGAGGGAACAGAAUGCUGGACUGCAUAGGCUUGUGGUCUGAUCCAGCAGGGAACUUCUUAUGUACAUAAUGAUCUGCUGAGAUCUGGGGGGAAAUUUCAUGGCUAUGGUGUAGCUUAGUCAUAGAGUAUUGUAAACACUGAUGCCCAGCUAUUGGCCCCAGGAGUGGUCCUUAAUGCUUUUGAAAAGGCACGCUGGAGUUUGUGGAUGCCAACUUAGACUUCAGCAGCAUUUUCUUUUUAAUAAGAUGCUAUCAUGAGUAGAUUGAUCCUUCCGUAGCUGCAAGAAGAUACUACGCAAAUACUUUACAAUCUGCAGCCCCCAGUAUGCUCUUACUCCUUUCCUCUCCACUACUGGCCAACUCAGGUAUAUCUAACAACUAAAGGCAGUGCCUUCUGUCUAUAGGAGGUGUUAAGCCAACACACUGUUCCAAAGCCUCUUACCACAGCAGAAUUGUUCCCUUGAGAACACGUACCUAGAAACUGAUUUUGUAACUUUUAUACAACAGCAACUUUGAACUACAGUAUUGUAUAUUUCUGUUAAGAAAGUUGGUUCUCUUUGGAACUUUAAAAAAUAAAUGUUUUACACUUCUGCAUA